AUGAACGGCCUCGAAAUCUCACCCUUCAUCGCCUCCCUCCCCAAGGUCGAGUUACACAUUCACAUCGAGGGAACCCUCCUCCCCGCCCUCCGCUGGAAACUCGCCAAACGCAACAAUGUGCCCCUCCAAUAUGAUACCUACGAGGCCCUCCUGGACUCGUACAAGGUCUUCUUCAACCACCGCCCCGAAAUCAACGGCCGCGUCCCGGGUAUUCCAACUUUCCUCGAGGCCUAUUUUGCAGGUUGCGAAGUCUUGAAAACUGAGGAUGACUUUUACGAAAUGUCGAUGGACUACUUCCGGCGCUGCGCCGAGAUGAAUGUCCGCUACGUUGAGCCGUUCUUCGAUAUUCAGGCACAUACGCGCAGGGGCGUGCCUGCGGAGGAUGUGUUGAAUGGGUAUUUGAGAGCUCAGCGUGAUGGCGCGAAGGUGUAUGGCGUCAGGUCGAAUUGGAUCUUCUGCUUUAUCCGCGACGAGACUCUUGAGGAUGGGUUGGCUGCGUAUGAGGCAGCCAGACCGUGGGCUGCUGGCACCGUCGAGGGUGGCAAGGGUCUCUUCCAUGCUGUCGGGCUGGCAAGUAAUGCCUUUAAGAGGCCGCCGAUGCUUUUCGAGGAAGGGUUUCGGAGGGCCAAAAAUGAUGGGUUGCAUGUUACAAUGCACUGCGAUUUCGGGCAAAAGGAUACUUUCGAGCACAUCCACGAGGCCAUUUUUGAGGUCUGUGAUAGGGCUGGGGCGGAGCGGAUUGACCACGGGCUCGAUGCGGCGGACAAGGAGGAGUUGCUGCAGGGGUUGUUGGACCGGGGAAUCGGCUUGACAUUGUGCCCUCACGCGUAUCACCGGCGAACGGCGACGGAGGUGCUGUUUCCCAAGAUUCGGACGUUAUGGGAGAGGGGCGUCAAGUUUAAUAUCAACAGUGACGAUCCGGUGUACAUGCAUGAUGUUUGGGUAGAUGGGAACAUGCAGAAGGCAUACACCUAUUGCGGGUUUAGUAAGAAGGACAUGGUCAAGCUUGCGAGGAAUGGAGUUGAUAUGUGUUGGGCUAGCGAGGAGGUGAAGGGGGAUUUGUAUAAAGAGUUGGACGCAGUCGAUACUGACUAG